AAAACCCCACCCUCUUAAACCCCAAUUUCCCGGAAAAUUUUCGCUCAGAUUUUCUCGAGAAAAUGAAUCAGCAAAUCCUAGAGAAGCUACUCUCGGAAUGACGACGGUUGACUCUAUCAAGUUACCCUUCUUCCAUCAGCAAUCUUCUUCUCCAGAAAAUACUUAUAAUAUUUGAGUACAAUGGCCAGAAGUAGUAAACCUUCAAGGAGUAAAAACCCUUCAAUCAAAUACAAAUAUAGUCCACUAGAGGGGGCCUCCUUUGAACUUGCUGAUUUUGGUGAUGAAGAUGGUAUUCCCACUUCCAGUGGUAAAGGUAAGCAAAAUGGUGGAAAAUCUGAACCACAGUCUUUUGAGAUGCUCAGCACAGCUGAGCUAAUCUCGGCAGUUGGGCAUAUAUGGCACUGUGCCAGUCGGCCUCUUUCUUUUCUCCAACCAAAAACAAAUUUGAGGCACGAUAAGGGUGACUUUCCCCAAGAGAAUGUACUGUGUUGUACCUACGGCAAAGGUAAUGUCAGCACAUGUAACUCAGCUGAGAGCCAAUAUUUCCCUGUUAAUUUGAUGACUACUAACGAUUCUUCACCCGUGGUACCACCAAACAUAGAGCGUUUGAAAGUAUCUGAGCAGAUAUCAUUCUUUGAACCUCACAGAGUAAAUUAUCAACAUUCUCUUUUAUGGGGAUUCAUGCAGCGUAGUUCAAGUAUCCGGAAGGAAAAGAGUCCUACUGUUGGAAUUUUGCAUGAUAUGAGUAGCAUAUACGGAUGGAUGUCACUCCCUGGUCUAAAACAGAAGGUAAACUCUACCCUGAUCGAGAGCAAGAAAAUUGAUGAGUGCUGCCUUUCUGGUGAUAAUCGUACAAGUUGCUGUAAUUUAGGCAAUCCCGCCUAUCCUCCAACAAAUGAUGGCACUGGAAGUGCUGACUCCCAUUCUCAAAUAGCCAACUAUAUGGACUCGUCAUCAGGUCAAACCACUACAACUGUUGCCAAGGCAUCUUCAACAUCUCUUUGCUCAGAUUACUACAUUGAGGCUCUCCAAAGGGAAGAAGCAACCAGUAGUGCUUCAAGGACCCCAAUUUCUAGACUUCCUGCAGAUUACCAUCUCAAAUAUUCAGAUAGUAAUGCGUAUGAAGAAAGCCAACCCAAAAAAGACAAUGGUGAUAUGCAUGUGAACAAGAAUGAUCAGCUGAGUGAGUUUGUAAUGGCAGACAAAGGUAAAAUAGAGGUUUGCUCACCAUCAAAUAAUAAACCCCACUAUGGUCUUGCAAAGCAACAGCAUGCUUUUGCUGGAGCAUUGGCUGGUAUAUUUGUCAGUCUUUGUCUGCAUCCAAUGGAUACGGUUAAAACUAUAAUUCAGUCAUGCCGCGCAGAUCAGAAAUCCAUCAACUACAUUGGCAGAUCAAUCAUCUCUGAUAGAGGUGUAGCUGGACUUUAUCGUGGAAUUGCAAGCAAUAUUGCUUCUUCGGCCCCAAUUUCUGCAGUUUACACCUUCACUUAUGAAUCCGUAAAGGGUUCUUUGCUUCCUUUUCUUCCCAAGGAGUAUCAAUCAGUUGCCCACUGCAUUGGAGGUGGUUGUGCCAGUGUUGCUACUUCUUUUAUUUUCACUCCCAGUGAGCGCAUAAAGCAGCAGAUGCAAGUUGGUUCGCACUAUCAAAACUGCUGGAAUGCUUUGGUUGGGAUCAUUAGUAAGGGUGGUUUGCCUUCAUUAUAUGCUGGAUGGGGUGCGGUACUCUGCAGGAAUGUUCCUCACUCUAUCAUCAAGUUCUACACAUAUGAAAGCUUGAAGCAAUUGAUGUUACCAUCACAUGACCCUAAUGCUCAACCUAACACAUUACAAACGCUGGUUUGUGGAGGAUUAGCCGGAUCCACUGCUGCUCUAUUUACAACUCCUUUCGAUGUGGUAAAGACAAGAUUACAGACGCAGAUUCCUGGAUCUAUUCACCAUUAUAAUGGUGUGUUUAAUACUCUCAUAGAUAUAGGCAAACAUGAAGGUUUUAAGGGUCUUUACAGGGGCUUGAUUCCUAGAUUGGUCAUGUACAUGUCUCAAGGAGCUAUUUUCUUUGCAUCAUAUGAAUCUUGCAAGAGGUUAUUCUCUAUGGAGAUUCCACAGAUUCAUGCUUGGACGUUCGAGUAUAUACAAAACAUGGAAGAUGAGGCUCCAUAGUUUCAUCCGUAGUUCGAUGAGAGCAGAUGCACAGAAUCCAGAGAGUUCGCAAUGAGACCUAUAUAUUCAACUCAGUCAGGGUAUUAUAAAUCGACGCAGAUUACUCGAACAAGCCCGGGUAUUGGAACUCCAGGCCGGUUUUCUUGGAAUUACUAUACAUCUAUGCUCCGUUUGCCACCAAAAACGCAAUUUACAGAAAGGAUUCAUCGCUGACAGCUUUUAUGUGCUUGGAGAAAGUCGAGGAUGUGUCGAGGAACGCUGGGG